CCAGGUUUUCAGAGAGGCAGUGAAAGCUGCAGUGGCAUACAAGCAGAACACGACUGAUUUCCUCGACCAAGUCAUGCAGGAACUGGAGAGAAUGGAUGAUCUCUCAUCAGUUCAGCCAGUGGAGCCUCGCGAUCCCUCCUCCUCUUCCUCCCACCCUCACCCUCCUCCUCCUGCCCCACCUCACCACUCUUCCUCCACUACCAGUAGUGAGGAUGGUGAAAACCAUGAACACAGCUAACACACUACAUCACACCACCACAUGUCUAUGUUGUACACUCAAUUAUUUUGAUGACGACGCCAUAAUACUGCACCAUCCCCCC